UACUGGUCAUUAUGAUGUAAUAAGAUUCCGUUCUAGAAUCCCACCAUGAUGAAUGAGAGUUCACAUUCUCUCUUCACUGAACAAACCUGUUGAGACUCUUGAGAUGAACCAACAAACUGAGAAAAAGUUCUCAUAUCAAGAAAAAAUCAAGAUGAGUGACCAAGGCAAAUCUUCACACAAGUCAAGCUCAGUGUUCAAUGAGCUCCGUCUGGAUGGAGACUUUUGCGAUGCAGUCAUCAAAGUCGAGGAUGUGGAGUUUCAAAUCCACAAGGUCAUCCUCUGUAAAUGCAGCCCGUACUUCCGAGCUCUCUUCAGACGCUGGUCAACCCCUGACAAAAAGGUAUUUGACAUACCCGGCCUGUCUCCUGACAUAAUGCAGCUCAUCAUUGAGUUUGCAUACACCGGCUCUGUUUCUGUGACGAAGGACAAUGUACAGGAGCUGCUGCUGGCAGCCGAUCAGCUCAAUGUAAUGGACAUUGUACAAACUUGCUGCGAGUUCCUGGGGGAGCAGCUCUGCCCGGAGAACUGCAUCGGCAUCUGGCAGUUCACCAACAUCUGCUUCUCCUCCGAACUGCAGCGCAAGGCAUACCGCUAUAUCAUUGAUCACUUUGAGGAGGUUGUGUCCUGUGAAGAGUUCCUGCAGCUCUCUGUGCAGGAACUCACUGACAUCCUUGACAGAGACGACUUGAAUGUGAGAAAGGAGAGUACUGUGUAUGAGGCAAUCCUUUACUGGAUCGCCCAUGUACCUGAAGAACGAAAAGGACACAUCACUGUACUCUUGUCUAAGGUCCGGCUGGCCUUGACGAGUGCCGAGUACAUCAGGAUCAAUGUGAUGUCCAAUGAGCUGGUGGAGAACAACGCUGAGUGCUGGCCCAUGUUCAAAGAUGCCAUACAAACCAUAUGUGACAUGAUUACAAACAAACCCUCUGUGUCUGGUCUCUAUAACCCUCUCGCCCGUCCUCGCCUGCCUAAUGCCAUCCUGUUGGCUAUUGGAGGAUGGAGCGGUGGCGAUCCAACUAACGGCAUUGAGGCCUAUGAUGUCCGUGCUGACCGUUGGAUAAAUGUGACGAACACUCUGGAGCGCCCUCGUGCCUAUCACGGCACUGCCUUCCUCAAUGGGUAUGUCUACUGUGUUGGUGGCUUUGACAGGGUGGAGCAUUUCAACAGCGUGCGCCGGCUUGACUUGAGCACACACACCUGGCAUGAGGCGGCACCAAUGUACUGCCGCCGCUGCUAUGUAAGUGUUACUGUGCUGAACGGAUGCAUCUAUGCUCUGGGAGGUUAUGACGGGCACACACGACUCAGCACUGCAGAGCGCUACAGGCCCGAGACUAACCAGUGGAGUCUCAUUGCACCCAUGCACGAGCAGAGGAGUGAUGCCAGCUGCACAACACUCCACAACAAGGUUUACAUUUGUGGUGGUUUCAACGGGAACGAGUGCCUGCAAACAUGUGAAUAUUACAGCCCAGAGACCAACCAGUGGACAAUGAUCACCCCCAUGAACAGCAGGCGCAGUGGAAUUGGCGUCAUUGCAUAUGCAGAACAUGUCUAUGCAGUUGGUGGCUUUGAUGGCAACGCCCGUCUGCGCAGCACUGAGUCCUACAACCCCCGGACCAACACCUGGCACACAGUGUCCUCCAUGUUGACUCCACGCAGCAACUUCGGCAUUGAAGUCAUCGAUGAUCAGCUGUUUGUUGUCGGGGGCUUCAACGGCUUCACCACUUCCUAUAACGUUGAGUACUACGACGCAACUACUGAUGAGUGGUCUGAGGCCUGUGACAUGGAGAUUUUCCGCAGUGCCCUGAGCUGCUGUGUGGUGUCCGGGAUCCCCAACAUGGCCAAGUACGCUGUCCCUCGUGAUUCCCUGGAGGAUGAGUCUGUGGAGUCAGGAGACUCUGUCUAACACUCCUGAACUGUUUUCAGCACAGUCCUGCCCUGUGCCACCAUCCACCCUGGCAAGACUUUAAAAUGAAAUAAAUUUCCUUCUGCAUCAAA